CCUUUUCCCAUUUGACCUCUGCAUGGACCACAGUCUCUACAAACCUAUUUCUUUCUUACUUAGAUGGAGAGGCCCCUGGAGCGGGGCAACAUGACCGGGGUCCAGCAGUUUGUCUUGCUGGGUUUGUCCACAAGUCCAGAAAUAAGGCACGUCCUGUUUGCCAUCUUCCUGACCCUCUACCUGCUGACCCUCCUGGAGAACACGCUCAUCGUCCUCCUCGUCUGCAGGCACAGUGAGCUCCACAAGCCCAUGUACUUCUUCCUGGGCAACCUGAGCUGCCUGGAGAUGUGCUACGUGUCGGUGACCACGCCCAGCCUGCUCGCGGGGCUGCGGACUGGACCCUGCCGUGUGCCCUUCACAGCCUGCAUAAUUCAGCUUUUUUUAUUCAUAUCUCUCAUCUGCACCAAGUGCUCCCUCCUGGCAUCCAUGGCCUAUGACCGCUACGUGGCCAUCUGCCGCCCACUCCACUACCCGCUGCUCAUGAGGCCCCAGGUCUGCCUGGGCUUGGCCGUGACUUCAUGGCUUGGUGGGCUGCUGGUCUCGGUGGUCAAGACAACAUGCAUCGCCAGCCUGUCCUACUGUGGCCCCAACGUCCUCAACCACUUCUUCUGUGACGUCUCCCCUCUGCUCAGCCUGUCCUGCACCCACGUGGCCCUGACGGAGCUGGUGGACUUCAUCUCUGCCAUCGUCACCUUCUGCGGGACCCUGCUGGUGGCUCUGGCCUCGUAUGCAGCCAUCGGGAGGGCUGUGCUCCGCAUUACUUCCCUGGCUGCCCGCUGCAAAGCUCUGUCCACCUGCGCCUCCCACCUGGUUGUGGUCGGCAUCUUCUACUCAGCGGUCCUCUCCAUGUAUUCCCGCCCCAGACUUGCUGAAUCCACUGACCUCAACAAGCUGCUGUCCAUCAUCUACCCGGUGGCCACACCCGUGUGCAGCCUCAUCGUCUACAGCCUGCGGAACAGGCAGGUCCACGCGGCGCUGCGGAGAACCCUCCACCUGCGCAGAGUCUCUCCAGCGAGGACUGCCCUUUUCUGCUCCUGAUUUUAAAACUUUUACGGCCAAGACACACACACAACUUUCACAAGUAGAUAGAAACCUGGAGGAAAAUAUUUGCAGCAUAAUGUAUAAAGAAGUUUUUAAAUAAAGGAGAAAAAAAUAUGAAUACCCCAAGAGAAAAACAAAAGGAAAGUGGCCAUGAGCAGGAAGCUUAUUGACAGAAAAAUACAAGUGGCUGAUAACCUACAAAAAAGACAUGCGUCCUCGCUAGUCAUCCAAGAAAUGGAAAUUUACUCCUUGCCUACUGAGAAAAAAUAUGUCAUACAAACUAAAAGCACAAGAAUUUUUACAGCAAC